GUGGAUAUUGGCCCUGCUAAACAAGAAACACUUGCCACAGAACAACUUAAUGAAGAAGGUUCCACAGCGUCCAAACCAUCCCCAAAUAGCAUUACAUAUGGCAUUGAGGACAAACCUCCGCUCCCUCUAACGUUCUUUCUCGCCUUUCAGCAUUUUCUUACCAUGUUUGGUUCGACAUUGGCCGUUCCAUUGGUUCUCUUUUCUGCAUUUUGUCUGGAGCGUGACUUAGUAGCCCAGAGCGAGGUCAUCGGGACAACAUUCUUUGUAUCAGGUGUAGCGACACUUAUCCAAACCACAAUUGGCAUCAGAUUACCUAUUGUACAAGGUUGUACAUUUGCUUUCUUAGCACCAACAUUUUCUAUCAUGAGCCUAAGGGAUACAUGCGAAGAUAUUUAUGAUGGAUACGUAAAUCAAACUGAAGAUUAUAUUCGAGAACAAUCAACAGCAGAAUGGCAAAGUAGAAUUCAAGAGAUCCAGGGAGCAAUAAUGGUAGCGUCGAUCUUCCAAGUUCUUAUAGGAUUCAGUGGUAUCAUGGGUGUUAUUUUACAUUUCAUUGGACCUCUUGCGAUCACACCAACCAUCGCUUUGAUAGGAUUAUCGCUUUUCUCGGCUGCAGCGGAAAAAGCUGGCGUGCAUUGGGGAAUCGCCUUCCUAACGAUCGCUCUGAUAACGUUGUUUUCUCAAUACAUUUAUGGCUUCAAUGUACCUUGCCCAAGCUUUUCAUCAUCUGAGAAAAAGUGUGGAAUUAAAAAAUCUCCAAUUUUCAAACUAUUGCCGGUUAUCCUUGGUAUAGCGCUAGCAUGGCUGAUUUCAUCGAUCUUAACGGCUGCCGGAGUAUUUCCUGAAGGUCAUGGUGCACGGACCGACGCACGAAUAGAGGUCCUUAAGGAAUCUGCCUGGUUCCGUUUUCCUUACCCAGGCCAGUGGGGUACACCUAGUGUCAGUGUAGCCGGUGUGUUUGGAAUGUUGGCAGGUGUGAUUGCGUCUAUGAUAGAAUCACUUGGAGAUUAUUUCGCUUGUGCACGAUUGGCCGGAGCUCCCCCUCCCCCUCCCCAUGCUAUCAACCGUGGAAUUGGUAUUGAAGGAAUCGGUUGCAUUCUGGCCGGAGCGUGGGGCAGUGGUAAUGGCACCACUUCUUACAGUGAAAAUAUUGGAGCAAUUGGUAUAACAAAGGUCGGGAGUCGUUUCGUAGUACAAGUAGCAGCUAUAAUGAUGAUUUUCAUGGGAACCUUCGGCAAAUUUGGCGCUGUGUUUGUUGCAAUGCCCGAUCCAAUAGUCGGUGGUGUAUUUUGUAUCAUGUUUGGGAUGAUCACUGGAGUAGGAUUAUCAAACCUACAAUUCGUUGACCUGAAUUCUUCAAGAAACAUUUUUAUCGUUGGUUUUGCCUUCCUAAUGGGGCUAGCUGUGCCGUCGUGGAUAACUGGUAAUUCUGGCGUAAUAAAUACAGGUGUUACAGAAAUUAAUCAGAUUAUCGAAGUUCUUCUGAAGACCAGUAUGUUUGUUGGUGGUUUUAUCGGUUUUAUAUUGGAUAACACGAUACCAGGUACUGCAGAAGAGCGAGGAAUCAAAUUGUGGCGACAGCAAUGUGGCUCUGAAGAAGUGGCUGAUAAUGAUGUUGGCAGUUUAAAGUCUUAUGACAUCCCAUUGGUCAUGGAAUUCCUUAAAAAACAUAAAGCGUUCGAAUAUAUGCCUUUCUUGCCAACAUUCAAGGAAAUCACUCGACGAAAGCCACAAAAACAUUCGCGAAAAGAUUCCAAAACAAGUGAAAUUUUGCAAAACGCUUGAGAAGGUUUACAG